ACAAUAAUUUCGCGGGUACAAAUUUCAUUUUGCUUAAUGAGUAAUCACCGUAGGUUUAAAAUUUAUCUAAAAGUACAUGGGAACAAAAAUCAGUUGUAGUUACGAUAGUAUAAUUGCGACUGUAGUGUAGAAACGACGUGAAUAGUUCAAAAUGAAAAUGAUCGAGGAUUCAAAUGAACGGGACUUGCAGUUAGUUCCUGCGAAUUCAACUACAAGCUGGUUCAGUCCAAAUUGGUUGUCAUGGAAUAAGUACUCGGAGGGAAUGUUGAGGGCACUGGAAAAAGCUAUUCUAAAAUACUGUAAAAUUCCACACAGAGGGUUUUACGUUGACAUAGGACCAGUAGUGGGUCCCGCAGAUAAAAUAUGGACUAUAUCAAUGAACACAGACUCCUCAAACACCCCCUUAGUCCUGCUUCCUGGACUGGGGGCCGGAGUGGCAAUGUGGUGCCUAAAUUUGGAUGCGUUUGCAGUUACCAGACCGGUUUAUGCCAUUGAUCCACUUGGAUUUGGACGUUCGUCGCGUUCUCCGUUCAGUACAAACGCAAUGGAAGCAGAAAAGCAAAUGGUUCGUUCGAUAGAGGAGUGGCGCAAAGAAAUGAAGCUGCAGAAGUUCAUUCUAUUGGGCCACAGCAUGGGCGGCUUCAUCGCCACCUCGUACGCCAUCGACUACCCGGACCACGUCCAGCAUUUGAUCCUCGCCGACCCAUGGGGAUUCCCCGAACGGCCCACCAACAGCAAGGACGUGCCCCUGUGGGUACGCAGCAUAACGUACGUGCUGCAACCGUUCAACCCUCUGGCCGGUAUCCGUGUGGCGGGGCCGUUCGGCGCCUGGUUCAUUAACAUGGUGAGGCCGGACAUUUCUAAAAAGUAUUCGGCCGCACUUCAGGAUUCGCAUCUGAUACCGCAGUAUAUUUACCAAUGCAAUUCGCAGCAACCCAGUGGUGAAGCAGCCUUUCAUACAAUGAUGUCAGGAUUUGGAUGGGCAAAAAAUCCAAUGGUAAAGCGGAUAGACAAACUGCGCCCCGACAUUCCCAUAACUCUCACAUAUGGAUCCAGAACGUGGAUCGACCAUUCUGCCGCUGAAAUUAUCAAAGAUAAACGUAUGGAUUCCUAUUUUAAGUUACAAGUAAUUCAAGGAGCAGGUCAUCAUAUUUACGCCGACAAGCCAGAACAGUUCAACAACGUAGUUCGAGAGGCAUGCCGGUACACGGAUACACAGAAGCCUAAAAGCAGAGCAAUAAUGCCCCCUGAAAGUGAUUAAAAACCAGUGAAUAUAAACCAUGCCAAAUCACAUUCUUAGGUACACAGUUUUAAAUUAAAAUGUAUAUUAUUAUUAUUUAUUGUAGUUUAAUUUUGGAGAUAAAGUUAUCUAUAAUGUUUUAUUUUAUACAAUUAACAAUAGAUUAACUGCACCUUUUUCGUUAUGGAUGAUUUUAUGUCUCACCAAAAAUCUAUAUUUUUAUAUCUAGUAUCCUUAAGAUUCAGAUUUUUGUAUAUUGUAGAACCACUUCUGUGAUAAAUUAAAUAAAUAAUUCCUACACUACA